AUGGCACUGGUGAUGUUCUUCCCCAGCCCUGUCCCCUCCAUUCUCUGUGGCCUGCCUCAGAGCCUGGACUUGGGAAAGCAGGACACCUUCACAGAUCUGGACCAAAUGGGGACAACUUCUCUUCUUUCCUGUCUGAAGUACAGGAUUGAUUUCAAAUUCCCCCAGGAGAUGGUGGAUGGCAGCCAGCUCCAGAAGGCCCAGGCCAUCUCUGUCCUCCACAAGAUGCUCCAGCAGAUCUUCAACCUCUUCCACACGGAGCGCUCCUCUGCUUCCUGGGACACCACCCUCCUGGACAAUCUCCACACUGGACUCCAUCAGCAGCUGGAGGACCUGGACACCUGUUUGGUGCAGGUGAUGGCAGAGCAAGACUCUGCCCAGGGAAGGGCGGGCCCUACACUGGCCGUGAAGAGCUACUUCCAGGGACUCCAUCUCUACCUGAAAGAGAAGACAUACAGUGACUGUGCCUGGGAAAUUGUCCAACUGGAAAUCAGGAGUUACUUUCUUUUCAUUAACAACCGGGAGAGAAUAAAGGUUUUAGGCAACCUUUCUCCUCCGUGUUCCAGGCCCUCAGCUUUGGAGUCUUCGACUAGUGAAUGA